CGGCCACGUCGGUCGGUCCAGCCGCGUCGCCGCCCCCCUGCCCGCUCCGGCCAUCCAUCCACCACCCACCGUUGACGUCGCGCCGGGGUAAACCACACAAGACUUUGACUUUCUCGCCGCCAUGCGCGUCCCCUCUUCCUCUUAAGCCCCGUGCACCAACCGUCCUCCGUCCAAUUGCCGUCCCUGCACGCACGCCUACUCUGCCCACCAUGGCCCGCUCCACAUGUCUGUCGCUCGUCGCCGUCGCCAUGGCCGUCGCCGCGGCGCUCGCUGCUGCCGGCGAGGCGUCUUCCGGGAUCGGGUUCGACCUGCACCACCGAUCCUCGCCCGUGGUGAGGCGGUGGGCGGAGGCGCGGGGCCACCCGGGCGCCGCGUGGUGGGCCGAGGCCGAGGGCACGCCGGAGUACUACGCCGCGCUGUCCCGCCACGACCGCGCCCACCUGGCCCGCCGCGGCCUCGCGGAGGGCGACGGCGGGAAGGGUGGGCUGCUCACCUUCGCCAGCGGCAACCUCACGUUCCGGCUCGACGGGUCGCUGCACUACGCGGAGGUGGCGGUGGGCACGCCGAACGCAACGUUCCUGGUGGCCCUGGACACCGGCAGCGACCUCUUCUGGGUGCCCUGCGACUGCAAGCAGUGCGCGCCCAUCGCCAACGCCUCGGAGCUGCGCGGCGGGCCGGAGCUCCGGCCGUACAGCCCCGGGAAGUCGUCGACGAGCAAGGCGGUGACCUGCGAGCACGCGCUCUGCGAGCGGCCCAACGCCUGCGCUGCCGCCGGCAACAGCAGCAGCAGCUGCCCGUACAGCGUCAGGUACGUGUCCGCCAACACGUCCUCCUCCGGGGUGCUGGUCGAGGACGUGCUCCACCUCAGCCGGCAGACUGGCGGUCUUUCGACGGCGGUGAAGGCGCCCGUGGUGCUCGGGUGCGGGCAGGUGCAGACGGGCGCGUUCCUGGACGGCGCCGCCGUGGACGGCCUGCUGGGGCUCGGCAUGGACAAGGUGUCCGUGCCCAGCGUGCUGCACGCCGCCGGCCUCGUCGCUUCCGACAGCUUCUCCAUGUGCUUCAGCCCCGACGGCCUCGGCCGCAUCAACUUCGGCGACGCCGGCCGCCCCGGCCAGGCCGAGACGCCCUUCACCAUCCGGAACACGCACCCGACGUACAACAUCAGCGUGACGGCGAUGACGGUGGAGGGGAAGGAGCUGGCGGCGGAGUUCGCCGCCGUCGUGGACUCCGGCACGUCCUUCACCUACCUCAACGACCCGGCGUACACGGAGCUGGCCACCAGCUUCGACUCCCAGGUGCGCGAGAAGAGGGCCAACCUCAGCGCCUCCAUCCCCUUCCAGUACUGCUACCAGCUGGCCCGCGGGCAGACGGAGCUCUUCGUGCCGGAGGUGAGCCUCACCACCAGGGGCGGCGCCGUCUUCCCGGUCACCCGCCCCUUCGUGCUCAUCGCCGGCGAGACCAGCGACGGCCAGAUGGUCGCCGUCGGAUACUGCCUCGCCGUGCUCCAGAACGACAUCGCCAUCGACAUCAUCGGCCGUACGCGCAUACUGAUACACACUGCUACUGUCUUCUCUUCAGCUAAUUCGUCGAUCGUUCCGUUGCUGAUUGCUGAUUACUUCAUCACUGAUGAAAUGCAUGCAGAGAACUUCAUGACCGGCCUCAAGGUGGUGUUCGACCGGGAGAGGUCCGUCCUCGGCUGGCACCAGUUCGACUGUUACAAGGACGUGGAGAAGGAGGCCCACGGCGGGAGCCCCGGCGCGGCUCCAGGGCCAUCGCCGACGACCCGAAUCAGGCCGCGGCAGAGCGUCCCGUACCCCGGCGCGGUGCCCGUAACGCCGAGGCAGCCGGGCUCAGGCGGCAGCCGCCUCUCCUUCUUCUCCAUGUCGCUGUUGCUUCCCUUGCUGGCUGCCGCCGCGUCCAUGGUCUGAUCUCAUCGGCGCGGGAGAACCGGUGUACAUACAUACAUAGUACAAACUAGUAGUUGAUUCAGAAUUUUGAUACACAUUCAUAUACUAGCUAGGUCCAUCAUUUAUAGUUGAUUCAGAAGCCCAUGUGUACAUGCGGCAUGUCACAUGCAGAUGCGAAUAAAAACAUACAGAUGCACUCCUUCUGUGUA